AAAUUCACCAUUCAAAGAACACCUCAUCUAUUUAAAAACGUAUAGAUUUGGAAGGAAGGAAGACACCUCUCAUUAGGAUAAUAAAAAAGCAGGAAUUAUUAUUAUUCAUUCUCACUCCUCGAGAUAAAAGAAAAAAAAUUCCUUUCAUUUUCUUUGGAGAGAGAGAGAAAUUCUUGAAUCAUCCUAUAAUUCUUCUCUUCGUCAUCUUGUUCAUCUGGCAGAAAGUAGUAAUCUGAUCGGAAAACCCACUUUAUCAUCAUCAUCAUCAUCCAUUUUUUUGAUCUAAAUUCUCUCUUUGGGAAAAUUCUUAGCGGAUGAAGUUUUGGUUUUGAUGAAUUCUCGUUUUCUAUGUAAUUUCCUUUCUGAAUAAUUUACUGAUCGAUCUGUGAUGAUCAUCGUGUAGAGUUUAACAAUUAUUGUUCUUUUUUGUGAAUUUGGGGGAAAGUAAUUUGCGUUUCUGGAAAUAUUUUGUGAUCUGGAGUCUGAGGAAUUUUUUUGUUUUCUUAUAAGAAUUAUGACUGAUCAUUGGUGGGAUUGUUAAAUUGUAAACCCUGUUCUGGGUCAUUAAGGAUGGGAGUUGAUUUUCAGUAAUUGUUAUUCAUUUUUUGUUAGUGUCUCUGACUUUGCUCCUUAUAAUGAGUUUGCGUGAAUAGAUGUUUUUCCUCUCUAUAUGGUAAUUCCUUCCUUUUUGGGUUUCUUUUGGUGUUGGAAUAUCCAUUCAUAGACGAUUGGUAUUCUUCUUAACAAAGCUUUGCCUUCUGCUCUGACCCAAUUUUCAUCAAAUCAUCUUCCUUCUUUUUGAUUUCCAUUUCCUUCAUCGUUUUGUUUCAGAGUUUCUCCAACCUUGUUUUUACUUGGCUUUGUUUUUGCUUUUCUUAAGCUCGUUGUAGUGAUCAAGUGACUUAUGGCUUUGUUUUUACACGUUGGGUUGUUUGUGGAUAACUGAUCUAAUCUUCAAUCUCUUUAACGUGGUUUGAAAAAGGAUUCAAGAGUGGAAGUUUGUUGAACAAUCAGGUUUAUCUAGCUAUCUAGACUCAUCUUCUACCAAGUUUGGGCACUGCAAAGCCUUUGGCAGUGCCCAUGGAUGCCACGACGAGCGAAACGGCAGCUAUACAGUUCCACAGCAUUCCCGAUCAAUCAGUUUCUGCUAUUAUCACCAGUACAACAUCGACAUUUCCACAAUCGAAAAGACAUUGCUUUGGGGAAUCCGACCCGGGCGAAUUCCCCUUAGCUGCUAAUCCUUCCAUUGUUCUUCAUGUCUUGACAGCAUGUAACUUGGAUCCUCAAGAUCUUGCAAAGUUAGAGGCGACAUGUUCAUUCUUUAGACAGCCAGCAAAUUUUGCUCCUGACUAUGAAUUGUCAAUUUCGGAGCUCGCUGCAUUAGAUAUGUGCCAUAAGAGAGCCAUAUUCAAACCUAUGACAGCAGAACAGCAUCAAGCAUUGAAGCAAAGAUGUGGUGGUUCCUGGAAACUGGUAUUGAGGUUUUUAGUGGCUGGAGAAACAUGUUGCCGAAGGGAAAAAUCCAUGGCAAUAGCAGGACCUGGUCACAGUAUCGCCGUCACGUCAAAAGGAGCUGUAUACUCCUUUGGAUCCAACAGCUCUGGACAGCUUGGACAUGGUACCACUGAAGAGGAAUCACGGCCUCGCCUUAUCAGAUCCCUGCAAGGAAUUCGAAUAAUUCAGGCAGCAGCAGGGGGUGGGAGGACAAUGUUAAUCAGCGACGCCGGGCAUGUUUAUGCAUUUGGCAAAGAUUCAUUUGGUGAAGCUGAGUAUGGAGCUCAAGGAGCUCAAGUUGUUACUACACCAAAGUUAGUCGAGUCCCUGAAGGAUAUAUUUGUGGUGCAAGCUGCAAUUGGAAAUUUCUUUACUGCUGUAUUGUCAAGAGAAGGUAGGGUGUACACAUUUUCUUGGGGGACUGACAGUAGGCUCGGUCAUCAUACUGAACCGAAUGACUUGGAACCACGGCCCCUGAUGGGAGCAUUAGAAAACAUUCCAAUUGUUCAAAUUGCUGCUGGAUAUUGCUACCUUCUUGCUUUAGCUUGUCAUCCUAGUGGCAUGUCGGUCUACUCAGUUGGAUGUGGACUGGGUGGGAAGCUCGGUCAUGGUUCAAGGACCGAUGAGAAACAGCCACGACUUAUUGAACAAUUUCAGCUUCUGAAUCUCCAGCCAGUCGUGGUCGCUGCUGGUGCUUGGCACGCAGCUGUUGUAGGUCGUGAUGGUCGAGUUUGUACAUGGGGUUGGGGCCGAUAUGGGUGCCUGGGCCAUGGAAAUGAGGAAUGUGAAUCUUCCCCUAAGGUGGUGGAAGCAUUAAGCAAUGUUAAAGCAGUUCAUGUUGCUACAGGAGAUUAUACAACAUUCGUAGUAUCUGAUGAUGGCGACGUGUAUUCUUUCGGUUGCGGAGAAUCUGCUAGUCUCGGGCAUAAUGUUGCCGUCCCCGAGGAACAGGGAAAUCGGCAACCACACAUUUUAAGCCCAGAACUAGUAAGGUCUCUGAAGCAAAUUAGCGAGCGGGUAGUUCAGAUUAGUCUCACUAAUUCAAUUUACUGGAAUGCACACACCUUUGCACUGACCGAGUCGGGAAAGUUGUAUGCAUUUGGUGCUGGAGACAAAGGGCAGCUCGGGGUCAAACUUCUGGCAAAUCAAACCGAGAGGGGAAAUCCAGAGCGAGUUGACAUUGAUCUAAAUUAACCAAAAGGAAAGAAGUCAGUAACUUUCUCCCAGCAGACAAAACUCCAUUGAUGUCCAAAGUAUGCUAAUGGUUUUGGCAUUGCAUUUAAAUCCCUAGAUUUGGCAAAUGAAAUUAUUAAUUUGUAAAUAGAAAAAAGAACCCAAACAAAAAAGAAAGAUGUGAAGAAUGGUUUUAUGGUUGUUGUUGAUAUUUGGAUGGGAAAUGGAUGGGGCAGCUUGUUCUUUUGUAGGUUUUAAGC